AGAAAGUCGUUGCCUUAAAUUCAAACUUUUAGUGUCCCGUGGAUCUAGGUCGCAUAAUUUCCGUAAUAUUGCACCAAGCAAGAGGCAUGCAAGUUUGUUGUUUUUAUGUUUAUGUUCGCUUAACCCCGAAAAUGUGUAUAAAUGACUUGAAAAUCGUGCAAAUGAAUGAGUUACCUUACUGAAGCGUAGCAUCUGCAUUUUCCUCGCUUUGCAAUGAAGACCUGCAUUCUGAUUUCUUUGUUGUUUUAUACAGCAUCUGCAUUUAAAUACAAUGUCCACCUCGAGGUGUCUAAAGCAUGGGACAUUAUGGCAAGCUUUCCAAGAGAAAAGUGCAUAUUGCAAACCGGCGUCGAUCGUAACGCAGCAAACGUGGCACUUUUAAACAUGGAUCUCCCCGAAGACUACCCAUUUAAGUGUUUCUCCAAAUGUAUCUUUGUGGAAUUGGGCUUUUAUAAUCCCGCGACGGACACCUUUAAUUCAGACAGAAUUUUAAAGGGAUUAGUGGGAAUUCCUAGCGGCCUUGUCGAGGAGUGCAGCGAAAAACACAAGGGUGUGCGCGAUCAGUGUGAAAGAGUAUUCUCCGUUAUAACGUGCGGCAUUGCAAAGAUUCAGUCAUUGCCACCACUCUAAUGGUUUCGUGCAUUCUACAAAACAUUGAUUUUUUUUGUAAUUUUUGUAUUGAAUAAAAAUUGAUUAAACCAA